GCAGAGGUGGUGGCAGGGCUGGCAGCAGCUGCCAGGGAAACCGAGGCGCGGGACGCACGGCUCACAGACAGGCAGGCCUGGGAGUCGUCUCUGCGCCCGGCACGCAGGAGGCCUGAGCGCCCCCCUUGCCUGGGCUGAGGGUUCCUGCCUGGUCCGGCAGCGUCGUCGGGACCCGGGUCUUUCCCUAAGCCCGCCAGGGGGCGCCGCGCUGAGGGGCUGCAGAGUGGGGGGCGGGCGCGGCUGACCCGAGAAGGGGUGCCGGGCCGGGCGGUGGGAGAGGGCUCUUUCCCGCUCAGGAGGUGCCCCUGGGCGGGGGACCAGGAGUCCUCACAUCUGGACUGAGGCAGGGGUUUCUGGGGGCGAGGAGGGCGCGUCGCCCUCUGCCCCCGCCGGCACCCUGGCCAUGACGGGCAAAUCGGUGAAGGACGUGGAUCGGUACCAGGCGGUCCUAGCCAACCUGCUGCUGGAGGAGGAUAACAAGUUUUGUGCGGACUGCCAGUCUAAAGGACCACGAUGGGCCUCCUGGAACAUUGGUGUGUUCAUCUGCAUUCGAUGUGCUGGAAUCCACAGGAAUCUCGGGGUGCACAUAUCCAGGGUAAAAUCAGUUAACCUCGACCAGUGGACUCAGGAACAGAUCCAGUGCAUGCAAGAGAUGGGGAAUGGAAAGGCAAACCGACUUUAUGAAGCCUACCUACCUGAGACCUUUCGGCGACCUCAAAUAGACCCAGCUGUCGAGGGAUUUAUUCGAGAUAAAUAUGAGAAGAAGAAAUACAUGGACCGAAGUCUGGACAUCAAUGCCUUUAGGAAAGAAAAAGAUGACAAGUGGAAAAGAGGGAGCGAACCAGCUCCGGAGAAAAAAAUGGAACCUGUUGUUUUUGAGAAAGUUAAAAUGCCACAGAAAAAAGAAGAUCUACAGCUACCUCGGAAAUGUUCCCCGAAAUCCACAGCACCUGUCAUGGAUUUGUUGGGCCUUGAUGCUCCUGUGUCCUGCUCCAUUGCAAAUAGUAAGACCAGUAAUACCCUAGAGAAGGAUUUAGAUCUUUUGGCCUCUGUUCCAUCUCCCUCUUCUUCGGUUUCCAGAAAGGUUGUAGGUUCCAUGCCAACCGCGGGGAGUGUUCCCGAAAACCUAAACCUGUUUCCAGAGCCAGGGAGCAAAUCAGAAGAAACAGGCAAGAAGCAGCUCUCUAAAGACUCCAUCCUUUCACUGUAUGGAUCCCAGACGCCUCAGAUGCCUGCCCAAGCAAUGUUCAUGGCUCCUGCUCAGAUGGCAUAUCCCACAGCCUACCCCAGCUUCCCUGGGGUUACACCUCCUAACAGCCUAAUGGGGAGCAUGAUGCCCCCACCAGUAGGCAUGGUAGCUCAGCCAGGAGCUUCUGGUAUGGUUGCCCCCAUGGCCAUGCCUGCAGGCUAUAUGGGUGGCAUGCAGGCAUCCAUGAUGGGUGUGCCAAACGGAAUGAUGACCACCCAGCAGGCUGGCUACAUGGCAGGCAUGGCAGCUAUGCCCCAGACUAUGUAUGGGGUUCAGCCAGCUCAGCAGCUGCAGUGGAACCUUACUCAGAUGACCCAGCAGAUGGCUGGGAUGAACUUCUGUGGCGCCAACGGCAUGCUGAGCUAUGGACAGUCCAUGAACGGCGGGAACGGACAGGCAGCAAAUCAGACUCUCAGCCCUCAGAUGUGGAAAUAAACACAACGCACCUGGAUGACUACCACUCUCCUCAGCCGCCUCUCUCCCCGUGUUUCCUCUUUCCCCAGCUGCUCCCCCACCCCCAUCCCCUUUCCUACCUCUCUCUGUUUGGUUUAGAAACUGCUCAAUCCGUCACUUGGGACUUGGCAUUCUGCCCAGCCCAGCCACAUCCCAAACAUGCGGACCUCUCUGUUGUUUUCUGUCGUGCCUGUCCCCUAGCUCUCCUGACUCCCUCCCCAGCCUCAGCCCUGGUCCUCUCCUGGUACCAGCACCUUAGCAACUGUUGGCAGAAGGCACUUAGAGCAGGAUCAAUGUGCACACCUUUGAGCACCUUUCCCACCAGGUGAAACCUCCUAUCAGACUCAGAAAGGUCUGAUAAGCUAUUUCCAUAUGUUUAAAUUUGAGGUGAAAACAGAGGCAUCAUGCUCCCCUGACUUACGGGAAUGAAGAAAGUAAUGAAAUCAAAUUAAAUAUUCCUUGAGUCUUAGAGCAGGUUGGCCCUAGCCCUGGCAUGAGGCAAAUGCCCUCCUACGAGGACGAGCAAAAAUAUGACUCUACUUUGCCCUGAAUUGCUUUCUGGAUCUGAGGCUUCAGGACUUGCUGCUUCGGCCAGCCUUUAUUAACACCAAAGACUCUACGAAGGUUCCCCACAAAAACACACACCCAUUUCCCUGCCUCCAUCCUGCCUUCAGUAGGAUCUGACUUUGUGGCUGGAGGACCAACCCCUCCCGUGGGAAUGCAGAGCUUAACAUGUGUACUGCUUGUGUGUGUGUGUGUGUGUGUGUGUGUGUGUGUGUGUGUAUUCCACCUCCCACUCCCUCCCCAUCUGCUCUGGGUAUUUUUGGUUUUGUUUUUUUAGUUUUAGGUUUGCAACAGAGAGGAGUUAAUUUAUCAACAGCCUAAAACUGUUGCCAGUUUUUCUUUAGUUAAAAAAAGGUACAAUCUCAUUGGUAGCUCCCAUCCUCCUUUCCCCUCUCCGCCCUGCCAGUUGCUCUCUCCUGCCGGUGUGUCCAGGCUGCUCUGUGUCCCCACCUGUCCAGGUGUAUGAGGCAGAGUGCCUGGGCAGCUUUCCUCUUAGUCAUCGUUCACCCUACUUGAAAAUUAAAACAAGAAAACUUUGCUUAAAAGAUUUCAUCUUUGGGAAUCACAACUCCUGGUUGCCUUUCUCCUGUGUAUGUGUAAAUUCCUUAAUAAAUAUUGCAGGGAAGGACCGCUCGCUUGCUCUCACUGUGUCCCUCUUGGAGGAGGGUGAGUUCCACGCAGGUUUUCUGCUUUCCAGGGGCAGUUCCCUCACUUUCCGUAUUUUUGAAAACUAUUACAUUUAGGAUGGAUAAGCAACAUAAUGGAAAAGAAUAUAAAAAAAGAAUGUAUAUAUGUAUAUAACUGAGUCACUUUGCUAUACAGCAGAGAUUAGCACAACAUUGUAAGUCAACUGUGUUUCCAUUAAAAAACAAAAAACUUUGUACAGAACAUACCCAGGGGCCAGGAC